AUGGCGGAAGAAAACGUGGUCAGUGGGAACGAUAAUAUACGGAUAGUCUCCAAUUUCCUGCUCCAUUCUCCUCCUGGAGAGUUCAAUGAGGUUUUCAACGAUGUUCGUAUGUUACUGAACAAUGAUAACUUACUGAAAGAUGGCUGUGCGGCGGCAUUUGCACAAUACAAUAAGGAACAAUUUAUUCCUGUUAAAUUGGAAAGCAUUGAUAAACAGACUUUAAUCACACCAUUCAAUGAAAUGCCGAAUGGCCGAUUUUACGAUCCUAGAUCAAGAAAUUCAUUCAAAUACGAGCAUUUACGGAAAGAAGCUACCGAUAUUCAGACAGAAAACACAAACGAUAUCAGUUCUGAAACUUGGAGGAAAGCAGUGCAAGAGGAAGCCGACAAAUACAUUGAGAGCCACUACGAAGAAACGGGUAUAGCAGCAGUAUUUGUAAACAACAACUCAUUGACGUUGUGUAUCGAAAGUCAUCGUUAUCAACCCAAAAAUUUCUGGAAUGGGCGGUGGCGUUCACAGUGGACAAUACCUAUUGCGGAUGGCAAAAACGAACAAUGUGAAAUUAAAGGCAUCAUCAAAGUACAUGUGCAUUAUUACGAAGACGGCAAUGUUCAACUUGUAUCAACGAAGGAAACAUCUGCCAAAGUUACAUACACGGCCGACUUCGCACAAACCGCAAAAGAUGUGUUUAGAUUCAUUUGGGAUGAAGAAUCGAAGUACCAGGAUGCAGUUCAAGAAAAUUAUCAACAAAUGUCUGCCACAACAUUCAAAACCCUGCGGCGUCAGUUGCCCGUAACGGGUGUGAAAUUUGAUUGGAACAAUACACAUGCAUAUCGAAUCAGCAAGGACUUGAAACCACAGUGA